AUGGAUAAUUAUACAUCAUCCCCCGUUUACGAAGACUAUGAGAUCCUCAUCUGGGACGGUCCGAAGUAUGACGACUCGUAUGUGUCAAAUGUCAUAUGUGACAAAUAUGACCCCGCAGUUCUCAGGACCCAGCUGAUUCCAGGGCUGUAUUUCACCAUAUUCGUCGUCUGUCUUCUGAGCAAUGUCUUGAUGGCAUUUAUCUUGAUAAAACAUAAAGGACUCAGACAUAUGGAGAAUAUCUAUUUCCUGAACUUGGCCAUUUCCAAUUUGCUCUUCUCGCUCACCUUGCCCUUCUGGGCUUCUGCUGCCUCCCGUGGGGGGCCUCUUGCAGACCCCAUGUGUACUCUCCUACUUAGCAUCUAUGUGAUAGGCCUCUACAGUGAGGUGUGUUUCAUGUUGUUGCUGGUGGCACAUCGGUACCUGGUGUUUUCUCCAGCAUCUAGCAUUCCCUGGGCAACCCGGCCAGUGCCCUGCGGCAUCUUCACCAGCAUCCUGGGGUGGACGGUGGCUGUUCUGGUCACCUUGCCUGAGUCCACGAUUUAUAGACUACAGAAGGAAGGACGAGAAAACGAGUGCUCCCAGAGCAGACCUCAUCUUCUACCUGCUGAAGAGACCUUCUGGAAGCGCUUCCUGACCUUGAAGGUGAACAUUCUGGGAUUUCUCUUUCCACUGUUUAUUUUUCUAUUUUGCUCUGUGCGAAUGAGGAAAGUGCUCCGGUUCCGGAGCAGCAGGGACGACCUUUCCAAGCUUGUUUUUGCCAUCCUGGCUGUCUUCCUGGUGAUGUGGGCACCGUACCUCAUUGCAAUUUUCCUGUUGACUUUCAAAGAAGCUUUCUCCCUCGGUGACUGCCAGAGCCGAUACAGCCUGGACCAGGGUGUUCAGAUAACGGAGAUCAUUGCCGCCACCCACUGCUGCAUCAAUCCCCUCCUCCAUGCGCUCUUUAGCCAGACCUGUAGGAAAGGCCUGUGUCACUUGCUCUGUCUCAGUCACAGUUCUCCUGUGCCAUGA